GUAUGGUUCAUGGUUACGGUUUGAAAACGGUACGGUUACGGUCCAAAAAUACGGUUAGAUUCGAUUUUGGUCAUGGCAUCCUAUCCAGUAUCCACCAUCGAGAGAGGGUGUGUUUUCAAUUUAGCCAUGGCGACCAGAGCUUUGCUCGCCGUUAUAUCUGCUUCUCCGCGCACGAUCAAAAUCAAAACCUCAGUUUCUUCUUGUUCGAGUCUCCGUUUGCAAAGAUACAGUAGAAAAACGCACCGAAUAGCUCGAAGUUUCUCAUCUGACACAAACCCAUCCCUUCUUCAGCCGCCCGACGUCUCCCGUCUGGCUGAGACAGCUCGAAUCUCUCUCACUCCGGCCGAGAUUGAGGAAUGUGAACCUAAAAUUCGUCAAGUCAUCGACUGUCUCUCUAGCCUAAGCAAAUUGGAAGGUGGAAAUUUGCGAGAGGAUGCUCCUGAGACAUUUGAGAACAGGGACGGUAUUAGAGCUUCCAUUCCAAGCUUUGAGGAUGCAUAUUUAAAAGUUCCCAAAGUUCUGAACAAAGAGUGACUUUAUCAGCUUCUUGGGAUUUUGUGGCUCAAGAGAUUCAUUCUCAGCUCCGGUUCUUGUUCCAGCAUAUGUUUUUUUUUGUUUUUUGUUUUUUUUUCAAGUCUCAAGAAGGCUAUUUCCCUACAACAUUCAAUUUCAGAACUCUCCACAAUACUCUAUAUGAAACUAAACUCAAUCCAUUUCGAAUUCGGUUCAUUGUUUUACAACAAUCAACUUCAUUCUUUUACGACAU